AUGAUAUUGCGUCCACUUAUUGUUAGACUUAAAGGUGAAAAUCAUCCUUUAUCAGCGGAUAACUCAUAUCAGUUGAGCUGUGUUGUCAUUGGUUCACGUCCAGCUCCCACAAUCACUUGGUGGAAAGGCAGUACGGCAAUGAAGAAUACGCAUGAAAUUGCAAAUCCGGAUGGAAAUAUGACAACGUCAAUAUUGACUUUUACACCCACCAUCGAUGAUCGCGGAAAAUUUCUUUCAUGUCGUGCGGAACAGAGCAUGAUACCUGAAUCUGGCAAGGAAGAUGGUUGGAAAUUGGAUAUUUAUCAUAUUCCGGUUGUGAGUUUGGAAUUGGGCACCAACUCUAUGAACUCAUCACUUCGAGAAGGCAUUGACGUCUUCUUCGAAUGCAACAUCAAGUCAAAUCCUUGGAUAUAUAAAGUCAGUUGGCGGCAUAAUCCAAAUCGCACUUACUACUUAGAAGACCCUGAAGGUUUUUGUUUGAAAUGGUGUGAAGCCAUUGAAACAAUGCACUCGCUAGUCUUUAAAAAUAUUGCAACACCCGCGCAAACUAACUCCUCUGCUAUGUCAACGACAUCGAACACGACGAGAAGCGGUUCGACAUCUCUAAAAGCAAGCUCUUCAAACUGA